UAAACGAUGCCGUUCUGUUUGGUAAGUUAGAACAAUAGAACUCCAUUUUCCUCUGCCUAGGAAGUUGGAAGAGAGCCGAGUCUGUCCAAAGUACUGAGUCGACGCUGAGAAGCGAGAAAGUUUGGCAAGGCGGAGAGAGAUUGGAUUAAGGCAAGACAUGGCGGCGGGAGCUGGAAGUUCGAUGCUUUACUCGCUUCUUCUGUUCUUGGUCAUUCUUUCACUUCAAGAGAUGUACCGCGGGAAGCUGGCGUCUACCGAGUUGUUCACCAUUCUGGGAGGAUUCACUAGUUCUCUUCUUUUCCUGGUGCUCUUAACUUUCAUUGGUAAUUUCCAGGAAUCAAAUGGCAUGAAGACCGGAUGGGGUGCUGUUGUAUUGGCUGAAGUUGUUGCUCUAAUUGCAGCUGGAACUGUACAUCGGGUUUGCAUAACAACUUGUUUCUUGUUCUCGGGUGGGUUACUAUACGAGGUGAACAAGCUUUCCGGGAUUGCUCAAUCUAAAGUUGAAUCUAAAACAAGGAGACAUUGACAUGAUACUGCUCUUCGCAACUUAGUUAUCAAAUUAUCUGGGAAUGCGAGGUUGCACCAUUUUGAUAUCCUUUCCGAAGCAACAUAGGAGAUGCAUCACGUGGUCAUUUUGUAUGCAGACUCCAACUAUAGGGCAUAAUCUAUAGGGUAACUAGAAAAUGUUGGAAUGAUUCCAGCUUAUUGUUGCUUCCUUGAAUAGAGAACUUGGAUAUGAAACUUUCUGUUUUGAUCCCUGCCCCUAGACUAUGUAGAACUGCCAAUUCUUAUUAAAUAGUAUGAAGCCGAGAAUUUUCAGAACCGCCAACCAUAUUUAUGUAGCAAAUCUCUAGAAAGCUAAAAAUCAUGUGGGCAAGUUGCUUCAAGGAUGAAGAAGCAAUGGUGCCUCAAUGAGAUGCUUCAGGGAGAAUAAUAUAUUGGUGUCGUCGCUCGUUGUGUUUCAGUGAGUGACAGUAUUUCAACAUAAUCCAUGCUGUCCUUUCCAGAUCAGCUUCGGUAAGCUUACAAAUUUUUUAUGUAGCAAAUUG